CUCUUUUCUAUAAGCCUACUAUGCUUCCAACCUACCGCCGCUGCUGCUGCCGCUCCAACAAACGAGACAGAUCGUUUGGUUUUGCUCAAAAUCAAAGAAAUGAUACCCAAUGACCCAUUUAACAUCUUCACCUCUUGGAAUAAUUCUAUCCACUUUUGCAAAUGGCAGGGAAUUACAUGCGGCCGAAAGCAUCAAAGAGUUACGGGCUUGGAACUAUCGGGCUAUACCUUAGGUGGAUCCAUAUCACCUUACAUUGGCAACCUCAGCUUUCUUAGUUUCGUCAACUUCUCAGGCAACUUCUUACAUGGCGAAAUUCCACAACAACUCACUCAUCUCUUCCGGCUGAAACGUCUCAAUCUUAGCAGUAACUUGUUAGCAGGGGAAAUUCCAAGCAACUUCACCAACUGUCCUCAACUCAGAUUCUUGGACUUCAAAAUGAAUAAUCUUACUGGGAAUAUUCCUGUUGAGUUGGGCUCUUUAAAGAGGCUUGUGUUUCUUGACGUUUCCACAAAUCAUUUGACGGGAGGCAUCCCACCUUCUCUGGGAAAUGUUUCUUCACUCCAAAUAGUUGACUUUUCGCUUAAUUAUUUCGUGGGAAAUAUUCCAGAUGAAAUGGGUCAUUUGCGAAGGUUAGUUUACUUCGGAGUAGUGGAAAAUAAUCUGUCUGGUAUGUUCCCUUAUUCCCUUUACAAUAUAUCAACAUUGAAGGGCAUUGAAGCAUCAGGUAACCGACUUAAUGGCACUCUUCCAGCCAACAUAGGCCUCACUCUCCCUAAUCUACGUAUUUUGUCCACCAAUAAUAACAAAUUCUCCGGUCCAAUCCCAAUUUCACUAUCCAAUGCUUCCCAGCUUAACUUUAUUGAUCUCUCUAGAAACAAUUUCGUGGGACAAGUUCCCACUGAUCUAGGAAACCUACUAAAUCUCGCUGUUUUAGGUGUUGGUGGAAAUAAUCUUGGAAUUAAUUCAGCCAAGGACUUGGAUUUCUUAACAUCUUUGCAAAACUGCACCAAACUGGAAACGCUAGAUUUUUCUCUUAACAAUUUUGGAGGUAGUUUACCGAAUUCUAUAGGAAAUUUGUCAAAGGAACUCAGUAUUUUAUAUAUGAGUGGCACUCAAAUAUCUGGAAUUAUUCCUGCAACAUUAGAGAAUCUUAUCAACUUACGUACCCUCAGAAUGCGGCGAAACCUAUUCAUAGGCACCAUUCCCACUAAUUUUUGGAAGUUACAAAAGCUGCAAGGAUUGUAUUUAGAUGGAAACAAAUUGUCAGGAUACAUUCCAUCCUCUCUAGGCAAUCUCACUCAAUUGGUCGAACUUGUCCUAUCACAGAACAAAUUGGAAGGAAGCAUUCCAUCAAGUUUUGGGAACUUCAAAAGUUUGCUGCUCUUAAAGAUUUCAGAAAAUAACCUUAGUGGAACCAUACCCAAAACAAGUCUUUCUUCCCAAUUACAAGGACUCUUCUUAUCACAUAACUCAUUAACGGGAAUCCUACCCAUGGAAGUAGGCAAUUUGAAAAAUCUUGUGGAUCUAGAUAUCUCUGAAAACAAUUUUUUUGGUGAGAUUCCUACAACCAUUGGAGAUUGCUGGAGUUUGCAGAGCAUUUCCUUGAAGGGUAAUUCAUUUGAAGGAAACUUACCUCCAUCACUAGCUUUCUUGAAAGACCUCCAUUAUGCAGAUCUUUCACGAAACAAUUUCUCAGGACUAAUUCCUAAAGAUCUACAAAAUGUUUCAGUUCUACUAUAUUUGAAUCUUUCAUUUAAUAACUUGGUGGGUGAGGUACCAACGGUGGGAGUCUUUCGAAAUGCAAGUGGAAUAUCAGUGAUUGGAAAUAAAAAGCUAUGUGGAGGUAUCCCAGAACUGCAACUACAAGCAUGCGAUGUCAAAGUUAUGAAUCAAGGAAAAUCCCAUACAUUCAAAUUAACAGCCAUAGUUGUUAGUGGGGUUUUAUUUUUCAUCAUAUUUUCAUCCUUUAUAGCCCUUUAUAGGAGGAGAAAAUCAAAGAAAGAAUCAUCCUCUACACUCCCAAAAACCAACCAACUUUCAAAUGUUUCAUACAAGGAGCUUUAUCAAACGACUGAUAGAUUUUCUCCUAACAAUUUAAUUGGAUAUGGUAGUUUUGGCUUUGUAUAUAAAGGAAUUCUUCAUCAAGAAAAAAUGAUAGUUGCUGUGAAAGUAUUGAACCUUCAACAGAAAGGAGCUUCCAAGAGUUUUAUGGCUGAAUGUAAUGCCUUAAGAAAUAUACGGCAUCGAAAUCUCGUGAGGAUCUUAACUUGUUGCUCAAGCGUGGACUAUAGCGGCAAUGAAUUCAAAGCACUAGUCUACGAAUUCAUAGCAAAUGGAAGCUUAGACAAGUGGCUGCAUCAUGAUAGAGACAACGAAAGUCCACCAAGAUAUUUGAAUCUCCUUCAAAGAUUAAAUAUUGCAAUUGAUGUAGCUUCUGCACUACAGUAUCUUCAUGAUCAUUGUGAAACACCAAUCAUUCAUUGUGAUUUGAAGCCAAGCAAUGUUCUUCUUGACGAUGACAUGAUUGCUAAAGUAGGUGAUUUUGGUUUGGCAAGGAUCCUCUCUACAACAAAUGAUGCUUCUCAAAAUCAAACUAGCACAGUUGGAAUAAAGGGUACUAUUGGCUACCUUGCUCCAGAGUAUGGAAUGGGUGGUGAGGCAUCAGCACAAGGAGAUGUCUAUAGCUAUGGGAUUUUUUUGUUGGAGAUGUUCACAGGAAAGAGACCUACUGACAAAAUGUUUAAAGAUGGUUUUAACCUUCAAAACUUUGUUAACAUGGCAUUACCAGAAAAACUUGUGCAAAUUGUGGACCCAAAUCUACUCAAAAGAGAAGUAAAUGAAUUGGUAGUGGCAAUAGAAGAAGAUGGCUGCAACUACAAUGAUCAAAUUGAUAUUGAGGCAGCAGAAGAAAGUGUCCAUAUUGAGAACCUAAGCCAGAUAACUUCUAAUGUGCAGAAGUGUCUACUUUCAAUUUUUCAAAUCAGCAUUACUUGUUCAUUAGAAUCACCAAAAGAAAGAAUGAACAUGGGAAAUGUCACGAAGGAACUACAUCGGAUCAAAAAUGCCUUUCUAGAGGUUGGAAGCCAUGGAUGAGGACCGAGAAAAUGGAGCUAGCUUUGCAAAGAAAUGAUCAGAUUGCAGAAAAGUUUCCUCUGUAAUGACCCCAUGGAGCAUUGGCUUGGCUGUUUGUGCGAGUAUGCAUUUUGUUGGAAUAAAUCAAACCUACUUUUGAUGAUCUACAUGUUUAAGACUAUAUAUUUUCUUACAAACAUUUGUAUUUAAGCAUAUGGUAAUACACCAAAAUAUAUGAGAAUAAUGUCGGGAGCUAUUAUUUUC